AUGACCAACUCUUGCUGCUCCCCUUGUAGUCAGCUUAGUUGCUGCAGGGCCACCUGCUGCAGACCAACCUAUGUGACCAGCUGCAGUCCAUGCUGCUGCCAGCCCAGCUGCUGUGAAACCACCUGUUGUAGGACCACCUGCUGUAAGCCAACCUGUGUGACCAGCUGCUGCCAGGCCAGCUACUGUGAAACCACCUGUUGCAAACCAGCCUGUGUGACCAGCUGCUGCAGCCCACUCUGCUGCCAGCCCAGCUGCUGUGAAACCACCUGUUGUAGGACCACCUGCUAUAAGCCAACUUGUGUGACCAGCUGCUGCCAGCCCAGCAACUGUGAAACCACCUGCUGUAAGCCAACCUGUGUAACCAGCUGCUGUGGCCCACCUUGCUGCCAGCCCAGCUGCUAUAAAACCACCUGUUGUAGGACCACCUGCUAUAAGCCAACUUGUGUGACCAGCUGCUGCCAGCCCAGCAACUGUGAAACCACCUGCUUUAGGACCACCUGCUGUAAGCCAACCUGUGUGACCAGCUGCUGCAGCCCACCUUGCUGUCAGCCCAGCUGCUGUGAAACCACCUGUUGUAGGACCACCUGCUAUAAGCCAACUUGUGUGACCAGCUGCUGCAGCCCACCCUGCUGCCAGCCCAGCUGCUGUGAAACCACUUGCUGUAAACCAUCUUGUGUGGCCAGCUGCUGCAACCCACCGUGCUGCCAGCCCAGCAGCUGUGAAAUCACCCACUGUAAACCAAUCUGUGUAACCAGCUGCUGCCAGCCCAGCUGCAAACCAGCCUGUGCAACCAGUUGCUGCAGCCCACCAUGCUGCCAGCCCAGCUGCUGUGAAACCACCUGUUGUAGGACCACCUGCUAUAAGCCAACUUGUGUGACCAGCUGCUGCAGCCCACCCUGCUGCCAGCCCAGCUGCUGUGAAACCACUUGCUGUAAACCAUCUUGUGUGGCCAGCUGCUGCAACCCACUGUGCUGCCAGCCCAGCAGCUGUGAAAUCACCUACUGUAAACCAAUCUGUGUAACCAGUUGCUGUCAGCCCAGCUGCAAACCAGCCUGCGCAACCAGCUGCUGCAGCCCACCAUGCUACCAGCCCAGCUGCUGUGAAACCACCUGUUGUAGGACCACCUGCUAUAAGCCAACUUGUGUGACCAGCUGCUGCCAGCCCAGCAACUGUGAAACCACCUGCUGUAGGACCACCUGCUACAAGCCAUCUUGUGUGACCAGCUGCUGCCAGCCCAGCUGCUGUGAAACCACUUGCUUCCAACCAUGCUGUGUGACCAGCUGCUGCAGCCCACCGUGCUGCCAGCCCUGCUGCUGUGAGUCCAGUUGCUGCAAGCCCUACUGCUGA